AUGGCCCCGUCUUCCCCAGAAUCUACCACGAGGCGGGGAGCAGAGAAUGCUCCAACCAAGGACGGUCUCGGGGAGCCAUCGGCGAAGCGCCAGAGGCGCGACCCGGAUGAAAAUCCAACGUCUGGUACAAGUCUUGCCAAAUUGCCGGCUUCGGCUAAUCACUUUGACGACAGGGGCCGAACCGGCGGCAAGCAGCUUGUCAACCGUGCCGCCUACGCAAGGUCAAGUGUGACAAGAAACGGCCGUUGUGCGGCUUGUGCAAACUCAGCGGUCACCCCUGCGAAACUCCCAGCGAGGAUUCGCACUGCCGCUGAUGCGAUUGUGACUGAAAAUCCCCGAGAUAUCAACCACACACUUCCUCGUGCCGCCUCUGUAGAGGCAUCCGGAGACUUCCUUCAGAUACCUCCUCAUAGAGCAAGUGCCGACACAGUUUUACAAUGGGGGAUUUUUGAAGGAAAGUAUUCAGCAAACUUCCUGAUCGGCGCGUUGUUCAAUCCAGGUCACAAUGACGUCUCUCUUUGCACAGAAGCUACCUCAAGCUCAUCCGGAGAUGUCAUCACGAACGCUUCAGGGCUCACCCAUCUCGAAGAGGAAAAAAUACCUGGCCUCAUUGACAGGUUCCUGCAAAAUGUGCACACCAAGAACCCGAUCCUCGACGUCGAAGCUUUAGUAAAGCAUGGAAGACGAUGCGCAGACCAAGGCAUCGGGUGGGAUGGCCGAUCUUGUCUAGUCCUCAUGGCGUGUGCUCUGGGUGCCGUGGCAAAGCCUUUCGACAGAUCAUCUCUCCCCAUGUCGAUGGCCAUUUCUCCCGUGAGUGAGACGGGGCCAACCAGUGCCUCGGCAACGUCUUCCAAACUGUACGCCAAGGAGUUGCAGCAAGGCGAUUGCUGCUUUACCAUGGCUUGUCGCCGUCUAGGAUCGCUAAAGUAUUCCAUGCUCGGUGCACAAUGCCAUUUUUUUGCUGGCGUAUAUCUCAUGUACACCUUGCGGCCAAUGCUAUCCUGGCAUUAUUUUCUACAUGCUUCAAUAUUCUGUCAAAUGUAUCUCAAAAUGACUCAUGGACUGUCUGGGAACUUUACGGAGGUUUUGGGAGAUUCAUAUCAACGCUCCACAUCAAUUGACCAUCUGUUUCCGUCACCGCCUUCACCUGUGACCACGGAUCAACAAGGGACGGCUUCGUCAGCAUCUGCAUAUGGUGAGUCCGGAUUGAUCGUUGACGGAGCCACGGAAUUGCGACAGCAUGUUGUUCGGCUAUGCAACGAAGAGGAAAGCUGGUAUUACUAUCUCACCGAGAUUGCCCUCCGUCGUAUCGGCAACCGAAUCGUCAACACAUUCUUCCGGCAAGAUAAAUCGUCCUGGCUGAAUGUCAAGCCCCUCCUGCGCAUGGCACAAGAGUUUGAAGCGCAAGUAUUGUCUUGGUCGGCGCAUCUUCCCCCAGCAAUGCAGCGUUAUGAGACCACAUCCAUCAUCCGCGCUCCAGACUCAACCCUGAGAGGAGCAGGCAGUCAUGUGUCAAGGGAACUCAGCUGGGCCAUAGACAAUCGGCUCCUCGAGAUGCAGACAUGGCUAUACCAGCCUUUCUUAUAUUACUUGAUUCAUGCUGGCUCUGGCUGUAUGAUCGAACCUGCUGGAAUUGCAGCAGGGACUGGCCAACCACCUCGAAUCAGCAGCCUGUUAAACCCGUUCUCACCACCAGAAAUUGGAGCUAGCCCUGGAUCAGCAGCCAGUAUUCCUGGUACCUCGCCUCUGAACGCCGACGAUCUUGCAGUUCUUCACUCCCUUGUGUCGUCGGGCAUUGAAUGCCUCAUCAGAACCAUCGACGUCCGUGCCCGUGGCCACCGCCACCAUGGCUUAUGGUAUGACCUUCGCAGUAUUAUGUGUGCGUCCUUGGUAUUGCUGGCUGUGGUGAAAAGUGGCAACGCAGAUUGGAUUCCAGGAGGAACCGCGACUCUUUGGGGCGAGCCACCUUUAUUGUCGGGCUACUGGACGGGAACUGUUGCACCGAUCGGCGGCAAAAUUGCAAAGGCCCUUUCCCAGUUUGACUUCUGGGCGGGAGAGUCGCCAGAUCUAUUGCGAUAUAAAGAAGUGCUUGAGGCUGUGGUGAGGGAUGUUAGAGGCUCCUAG